CAGUCCUUGUUCACGAAACCAAAUAACCCUAGCGCCGCAGAUGAACAUGAACUGAUGAAGCGAUGCAACACUGAAACGCCUCUCAUCUCCCUCUAACUCUCUUCUCUUACUGACCUAACUCCUUCCGCCGCUCACUCCAUCACCACCACUCUCCUUCCUUCCUUUGUUCAGUUUGUUAUGUGUCACUUGCUUCUACAUCUCCAUCAGCUAUAAAGCUAUCGGAGACCAUGAGCACUCAGACAAGCCAACCUGAAAAGCAGUCUUCAUCAGUUGCCACUGUCGCUUCAUGUCGAAAGAAGAAGAGUGAAGACGCCACUUUCUUGGAGGAUGUAAAGGAUCACAUUGACGAGUUUAUUCAUGCUUCUAUGGAUGAACACAAAACCUGUUUUAAGAAGACAAUUCAGAAGAUGUUUGGUUUGUCCAAGGCAGGUUCAGAAACGAACUCCAAUGCUGUGAAAGAAGUUGAAAGUUCUCUGCCGCUUCAGACAACUGUACAAGAUUAAAUUUCUUGUGUCUGGAUCACUAUACGUGUCAAUUCAACUGAGUCGUGCGGCGGUAGAUAUUUAGAUGUAUGAGACUUUUCUAUAUAAGGUUCGGUUAAACUUUCAAAAUGCAGCCAUAAUCUUUUCAGAGUAACCCAUCUUAUUAUUUUUUCCAACCAUCAAUUAUUGAGAGAAAAUUUGUAGAUUCUGAAUCAGUAACUCUUUCAUUGAUUGAAUGGGUUAUAUAUACAAGAGUAAAGAGAAUAAAGGUCAAUGUAUAAAACUCCUAA